CAGGGGGAGCGGAGGGUUUGUGGAGGCGGCAAGGCGUGGGUCGUCCCUCCCCCUCCAGCCACCUCCUGCUGCCUCUCCCGCUCUGCCCCCUCUCCUUCCCGUGCCCCCCCGUGCCCCCCCGUCCGCGGGGCCGCGAAGGCCGAGGAGAAGGAGGAAGAUCCUGUCCGGUGCUGGCCUGGCCUCCAGCGGCUGGCGAGGCCCGUGACCGAGCGGCACGGACACGCUCCGGUCUGCCCGUGGCUCUUUCACGGAAUCCCAGGAUAUUUGGGAUUGGAAGGAAACUCUGGAGAUCGUCAAGUCCAACCGCAGGCCAGUCAGGGUCAUCUGGAGCAGGUGACACAGGGACGUGUCCAGAUACCCUGUAGCAUGGGAGGUGAAGAAGACUUCUUUUUGGAGGAAAAAAGAUUCAAGCAGCACUGUGAAGAAUUUGUUAAGCAUUCACAGCAGAUAGGAGAUGGCUGGGAGUGGAGAACUAGCAAGGACCUUGGUGAUGGUUAUCUUAGUAAAACACACUUCCAAGUAAGAAAUAGACACAUCCCACCAGAUCUCAAGGAGAAAACCAAUGAUAAUAUUGAACAAACGUUACUUGCGCAUGUUGAAGAGUCUUUGGAUGAUUGUCAAGUAGCUGGAGUUUGUACAACAGAAGAAGUGAUUCGCUAUGAGUAUCAUGUCUUGUACUCCAGCAGCUACCAAGUGCCUGUGCUUUAUUUCAGAGCAUGCUUUUUAGAUGGAAGACCUUUAACUCUAGAGGAAAUUUGGAGAAGUGUCCAUCCAUGUUACCAGGAUCGUCUGCAGGAGGGGCCCUGGGACACCAUCACACAGCAGGAACACCCCAUCCUUGGGCAGCCCUUUUUUGUUCUGCACCCCUGCAGAACUAAUGAAUUCAUCUCCGCUGUGCUGACUGGCCCAUGGAAACAAAACAGACACAAAAAUUAUGUUAUUCUGUGGCUCAGUACUGUAGGCCCAGUUGUGGGCCUCAGUCUGCCUCUGAGUUAUGCAAAAGUAGCACCUGAGCAGAAUUCAUACACUGAUUCAGCUGAAAGGUGAGAGAAAAUGAAACUACCUUUUCCUCUUCCAUCCUCGUGUUACAAAGAUCAGAUGGAUAACUACUAGAACCAUUACCUUCUCCUUUUGAGCUUUUGGGCCCGUUCACUUCCAGGACUCACCUUCCAGUAUUUUGCUUACCUUCCUUACUUUGCAAUGUGCUGAGAGAGAAGUACUUGGACAUUGCUGACACCCUCUGUCGUGGGUUCAGGUAGCUGGGUUUUUGGUAGUAAUAAGGCCAUAAGGGUGAUUUCAGUUGGAAGCUGCUAGAAGUUUCACUGUCCUAUGAAAAAGCCAAUGAUAGCCAGCUCCAGAAGGGAUUUCCUGCUUACUAGCCAAGGCUGAGCCAAUUAGGGUGCUUCUGUGAUAUCAUAUUUAAGAACAGAGGAACAGAAGUGUCGCAGAAGAAAUUCCGGUCCUAGAGAGAGCAAGCAGUCAUCAAAGUCAUUGCAGCCGGAGGUGGGGGGAAAUGCAGGGGUGGGAGCCUUUCCCUCUCAUCUGCCCCAGAAGCAGGGCAAAGCUGAAGCCCCUGCAGCCCAUGAAAGACCUUCAGGGUGCAGAAACCUUCCUGCAACCUGUGGAGAAGUCCAUGCUGGAGCAGGUGGACACAUGGAGGAAGCCGUGACCCCUGUGGGAGGCCCAAGCUGGAGCGAAGUCCUGCUGGAGACCUGUGGCCAGUGGCCAGUGGAGAGAAAUAACCACACUCUGAAGCAAGUUUUCCCUGGUAAGACUUUAGCCCUGGUGGGAGACCCACAGCAAUACAGCUCAACCCAUGAAGGACUGCACCCCCUUGGGGAGUCGUCCAUGGGGCAACAGAUUGAAAGGAACUGUUGCCUGAGGGGUGGAUGGACCCAUGCUGGAGAAGUCCAUCAAAGACUGUGUCCCAUGGGAGGGGACUCCACAGAAACAGGGGAAGGACUUAGAGCCAUUAUUUCCUCUGUCACUUGUGGUAGACUAUGAUAAUAUAAGAGUCCCCUUACAGCCGUAGAAGAUCUUCAGACUGCAAAGAGCUGAUUAUAAAAUCUAGUGCUACCCAAGGAAUGGAAAACAACAACAAAAUUUUAACUGCAAACACCCCCCACUCUGUUCUCCUGUACUGCUAGGGUGGAAGUGAGAGCUGAGAAAGAAAGACUGGGGGCGGGGAGAGAAGGUGGUGUGUUUUAAGACUGUUUUAUUCUUUUACUCUUUAGCUCUUAUUCUGUUAGCAAUGAGUUUAGCUUUUAGUCUGUUACUAAUAAAUCUAAGUUUUAUCUGCACUCUAAGUUUGUUUGUCUGUUAAUAAAGGCCUUUCUCUCAA